AUGAUCAGACUAAGCUUACUUAGACAGGGACUGAUACCUGCUAGAUACUUAACUCGUGUUAGAGGUAUAUCCACUAGUUCUAUAGCAACAGCCACGAGUUUACCACCAGGAUCAGUCAACAAGCCCAACCGAGAUUCCAAUCAAGGAUUCAAAGACAAUAAGUUUAAUAACAAGAAAUACAACAAGAAUCACAGAUACAAACAUAAUCUGAACGAUACUGGCGCAUUCAACGCCAACCCUCAUAGACAACGUGAUGGAAAACAUGCCAAACCAAUACCAACCUCAGAAGAACUCCAUCAAAUCAAUAAAUCCAAAAUUCAAACCAAAUUACAGUACUUCCUUGAAACCGGUGAAAUUGUAAGGCGUUCACAACGGGUUUUGAAUCGCAUGGCCAAGAUCAACACCAAGUACCGUAAUACCAAAUCUGAUGGAUACGAUCUUAAGAAGGGAUUACGUACCCUUAAGGAAAGAUACGAUACCGCCGAGUUUAUAGAUAAGGAAGGCAACCCAUUCCCUAUUUCCAGCCUCAACGAAUACGAUUUGAAGUACAACAGUAGCAAGGCACGAACCAUUUUUGACAACUUGGUCAACAUCAAGAAAAUCACAAAGUCUCGCAUUGACCAGAAUUUGAUGCUUUGUUUGUUGGGCACCAAUUCAGAACAACUCAAAGACGAGUUCUUCAUCACCAAGAACAUGUUGGAGUUAUUGACUGUCGAUAAUGAUAUGGAACGUGCCUUGUACUUGGUACAGAUUGCCGAUAAGUCGUGUGCUGCCGUGGGUAUGAAUGUAUUAACAAAGUGGGUUCUUGAUAAAGGUAAAGUGGAACAAGGGUUAAGGAUGUUCAGCAAGAGAAGUAAAUUUGGUGUUCCCACAAAUAAGCAUACCCUAGUUAUAUUAUUCGAUGGGAUUGCCAAGGCUUCUGAAUGGGGACAGGUAAACAAUAAGUUGGCUGAUCGUGUGAUUGAGAUAUUCAAGAGCAGUAGAGAAAAAUCCGGGGGAACCAUUGAAGAAUUCAAUGCAUGUUUGAGCGUCUUGAUCAAGAACUUUGAUGAUCAGCAACUGAAAGCCUGGACCUUUUUCACUAAUUUAUUGCCCGAUGAGGAGAACAAUUUGCGCGAGAUCCUUCCUAACGACAUCACAUUCACGAUUAUGAUUAACGGAUUGAAACGUUUCAUGAACCAUAACAAGGAGCUAAUCAGAGCGGUUCCUGAGAUGAAUCGUUAUGAAAGAGCAUUGAAACUCAUGGAAAACGAAGCAAACGCAGUCCAGAUGGUUGAUGCGGCAUUCGAAAAGAUCAAGACAUUGGCUAUCCAGAACCCAGGGAGAAUAAAUUUGGGUAUCCAAUUAAUCGUAUCUUAUUUAUCAUGUUAUAUUGAUAAAUUUGGAUCACCAUACAGAUACAAUGAAAAAGCACUUUAUAUGGCCUCGCAAUAUUCUACUUCUGUGAAUGAAAUAUUUGAAUAUGUUCAACGUGCAGCUGAAAUUGAAGAUGUUACUAGAGUAACCAAAUCCUUCAUGAAAAAGAGAGACUCAGAUAUAGAAAAACUCCUCAAACAGGCCCCUCAAGACAUCAAGUUCUCACAUUAUGAAUCCCCUCUCGAUUUCCUUCCUAAAGCAGUGGUGCCGGAUUUGAAACCCGAGAAUGUUAACCCGAUAGUGAAUAUGCCAAUUAAAGUGCCAACUAAGAAAGGUAAAUUUGAAACCAUAUACAGAGACCGACCAUUGGUAGACUUUGCGAGAGAAAAAGAUAGUAACAAGACGGGAACCAUCAAACUUCCCAUCAAUAAAUUCCUUUUGAAUUUGGUGUUUGAUGGAUUGAUGAACAUAGGCAGAUUCAACGAGUUUAUGUUUGCCCUUUGGUAUUCCUUAAUCAAAUGGAAUGGGGUUAAAUUGGACUUGGAUGAAAUUGCAAACAAACACGACGCUUUGAAGGGAGUUAUUCCAUCUGAUAAAUUACCAAGAUAUUCCGAGAAAGAGUUGGUGACAGAGGCCAAUUCUAGUCCAGUGGUACAGGAUGUAUAUGAUGAUAUCACUCUAAAGAACAUUUUACUACGUAUUUCAACAAACAGAGGUAAAGGCGAAACCUACACUCACUUAAUAGUUGAAUUAUUUAAUGUCUUGUCAUCAUCGAAGCACAAUCCUAAUGGAAUUGUUCCCAGUUAUGAUCACGUCAAGUUGAUCUUCUUUAUCUUUAGAGAAGACUUGAAAUACUACAAGGCUGCCAAUAUCAACGAAGACAAAACAAGAGGGUUUCAUUUUGAACAGUUACGAGAAUUCAAUACCAACUUGUACAACUUUACCCAGGGGUACAUGUUGCUCAAUCAGAGGAAACAAAGAGCUACACAUCCAACAAUCGUUGAUGAAUUGAAUGAGAUUUAUGCCACAAUCUACUCCAACAACUGGAAUACCCUUACGCCCGAGCAGGAACUCCUCAUUCACAAAUUAAUCAUUAAAUCGGGCAUAUUGUUCUUGCCCAAGCAUAGUAUCAAGAUUUCUGAAUCUGUGGGAAGAACAAUGAAUCUCUUGAAAGAAAAGACUGAUAUUAGCACUCAAGAUAAGAAGUUGUUAGGUAAGAUCAAAGAUUUGGUUAAAGUGAGAAAGGAUAAGAAUGGUGAGAAUGUGCAGGAGCUUGAAAAACUUACAAGGGCUGUAUAUUAUGCCGUAGUUAUCGAUCCAGUGGGAACUGUAUCAACUGUGGAAGCUAUGGCAGAUGAAAAUGCCGAAAUUAUUGAAUUAAAUUCGCAGCAGCAACCAACAAAUGAUGCAACCGAAAUCAGUUCAUCUGAGAAUGUUGUCGCUAAGCCGGACAAUACUGAAGCAGAAGUGCUUAGUCAUUCAAACGAAAAAUCACACGAUUCGCUAACCACAGAUGCCACAGAUGUUCCAAAGGUAGUAGUAUAAAAUUAGUCAUAAUGCACCGGGACAAACCUUGUAAAUAGAAAUGCACACACAAAUUGUAAGC